AUGACGUCUAAUUUCAAUUCCAGUCGAUCCAACACAAUAUCUCCUAAUCAACAUGUCAUAUCAGACUACUCAGACCUAUAUGACGAGUACCUGGUAGAUGAAGGCCGUUCGAGGCCUUCUGCAAUCAAUACCUUUGUGGAUCAAAAGGCUAGUGGUGUGCGGUCAGGAUCCUCUGAUUUCAUUCCAUAUACAAAAGAACAACUCUUGAAGAGAAAUCUUUGUGAGACCCUAGGGGAUGCAGAUGCAACGUCAGAUUAUGACGAGGAAGAAUGUUCGUCCUCAGAGGAAGAGAUUUCGACUCUGGAUAAAGAUCGGAUAUUGAUACCAGAAUCAUCUCCUGAGUGGCAGCAGAAGGGUGCAGCUCAAAUUCUGGAGAAAGUGAGAGCAGCCGAUGGAACUUCGGUAACCAGGGUUGUUAGGAAAUCUAUCAAAGACUUCAAAUUAGGAAAAGAGUUAGGUGAAGGCUCCUACUCGACUGUGGUGUUGGGGUCAGAUCUAUCUACUGGACGUGACUACGCGAUCAAAAUACUCAAUAAAAGACACAUAAUUAAGGAGAAAAAAGUGAAGUAUGUCAAUAUCGAAAAGAAUGCGCUCAACCGAUUGGGAAAAGGCCAUGGAAUCAUCCACUUGUUUUAUACCUUUCAAGACGAGCAAAAUCUUUACUUCGUUCUUGACUACGCCCCAAAUGGAGAGCUUUUGUCGCUGAUAAAGAAGCAUGGUACAAUGGAUGAGGAGUCCGUUAGGUACUACUCUACUCAGUUAGUUGAUGCGAUCGAUUAUAUGCAUAGAAACGGCGUGAUACACCGAGACAUCAAACCAGAAAACAUCUUGCUGAAUGCUGACAUGAAAAUCAAAAUUACAGACUUUGGCACAGCCAGAAUAUUGGAUCCGAACGACAACGGGGUUUAUCCUUCAGACGUGAGAGCUAACUCUUUUGUGGGCACCGCUGAAUACGUUUCUCCAGAAUUGCUGAAUGACAAAUAUUGCGGCAAGGCUGCAGACGUUUGGGCUUUGGGUUGCAUAAUAUACCAAAUGAUUGCUGGAAAACCACCUUUCAAAGCAACCAAUGAAUACCUCACGUUCCAAAAGGUGCUUAAGCUUCAAUACGCUUUCAGUGCUGGAUUUCCAAUGGUGAUCAGAGAUUUGGUGAAACGCAUUUUGGUUUUGAAGCCUAAGGACAGAAUCACAAUCCAAGAGAUCAAGAAACAUUAUUUUUUCAAGGAUGUUGACUGGGAUGACAUGCACGCAAUCUGGUCAAUGCCUCCACCCGAGCUUGGUCCUUACAAAAUGUCUGCAAAGUCAAUGCUUCCUGUUCCCGAACUGAACAAAAGCACACAAAGUUUAUCUCCAGCCGGGACCAAACGGAUCGCCAGUGCUGGAAGUAGAAGUGCCUCAACCACCAAUAUUUUGAACUCUAAUAAUCUGGCUUCUAGUGCAGCUUCAACUCCCACGAGCACGAAUGGAACCAUAUUUGGUUUGCCAAACCCUAUGGAACCAAAGAAGACAAGUUCUUCCCCAGUCUUGCCCACAGAAAAAACACUAAACAAUCCUCUAUCUACCGCAGCUGCCGUUGCCACGACAAAGAAAUUGCUUUCGGAGCCUAUCAAAAUCCCAUACUUAGGAGGCAACAAUCAGUCUCAAGGAAGAACGGGUCGUUUUGAUGCAUCAAAGGCUAAUAGCAAUCUUCAGUACUCAAUUUUGGGAUCCAAACAGAAUUCAACAACAUACAACGGCGUAUCUGCUCAGGAUGCGGGUGGUAAGUCAUCGCCCAAAUUGGAAGCACCUCCUGCCUUCAAUUCUGCCAGUUUUGCCAGUUCUCCAUCCUCAACUCUAUCCAGCUAUUCAAUUCAGCAAAAACAAGGUUCUACACAGAACUUUGACGUGAUCCCAGGUACCAACAUUCCGAGACCCGUUCUUAAUACUCGUAUUAACGCGUCGAAUAGCUUUCGGAAGACCUCUGGAGCAUCGGGAUCUAAGUCCAAACAGCCUACUAUCACUGGCUUCAAGUCAGAAGACAUCCCCCCUAUGUCUGUCCUUGACCUCACGUGGGUCAAUUUUCUGAUUCAUCCUGACGAAAGGGUUUUGAAAGCAGGUAUUGUGCAAGCUAGCAAGUAUUCGACAGAGUCAUUUGAAAAGAAAUACAAAGGAAUGCUAGCAGAAUCACCAUUGGGCUAUAAGAAUAAAGAGUUGUUGAACUCUUCAAAUCCUGGAAUGCUAGGGCAGGCUUCCUCCUUAAGAAAAAAGUCGGUCGCAUCUCUCCAAAGUCUAGACAACGCAAUUACAUUCAUUGAGCACGAGACAACAGAAAACCAUGAAGAUGAGGAUUCACCAAAAGAUGUCUCUUCAGAAAGAAUGACGAAGCUGAAAAACUUGUUUCAUAAGACUCCAGCGGAUCCAGUCGCAAAGCAACGGACUCUGGUGAUUACCACCUUUGGCCGUGCAAUGUUGUUUGUGGAAAAUCAUGAUCGCAAUAAAGAAAAAUACCAGUGCGUCAGUGAGAUUGACCUCGUCAAUUCCUCAGUGCACUUCAGAGAGGUAAUAGGGGACCGAAGAUCCAAAAACGCUUCAUCGGGUAUUUUCGCUAUUGUUUCCAAUAAUGUGAGUUUGGCUUUUGAAGUAGAUAAGCAGGAUCUUUCUGCUUGGACAAACUCACUAGCUAAGUCCAGGUUUAUGCAACAGGAACGACACAUUUACAUGCUUAUUGAAAAUGAUCCCGCAGGUGACUCAGGUAUGGCCACGGGGAACCAAGCUGCCUCUCGUGCAGCCAACAUGGCAAUGUCCUCUCCGAUUGAAACCUCUCCCCGACUUUCUGCUGAGCUGCCUUUUGCAUCCUCUCAUUCAGAUGAAGGUCUUCGAGAAUUACCGCCGAGCACGGAAUUAGGUCACAAUACUACAGGCUCACCAAAGGUGCAACCAGCAAGUAAAGUCAGAAGAAAGCCUCCACCAUUGGGAAGUCAGUUCCCAACAUCCAUGAGGCCCGAUACGGAAACCAAUUCUGGCAAGUCACAAAGCCAGCAGCGGCCGGAUCCAAGCACUAGGAAAGUUUUGUAUGAAAAUUCUCCGAUGAUAUCUGCAGCUAUCAGCAAAGCACUCAAAAACACAACUAUCUCCUCUGAGAGUGAUUACAACGGGCUAUCAAACACUCGAAACUCGAGCUUUACGCAUAAGUCUGCUAGCUUGGCUUCUAAAACAGGCAACACGGGCAGCAACAAUCAUGGCUCGAGUCCACGUUUGGUGACAUCCAUGAAUUCCAAACUUCUCGCUCGAACUACCCGAAAGAAACGUUAA